UGUAAGAUAUGCGCCUGCUAGGCGCGAAUGCGAGCGUACCUUCGCGUCAAUGGAAGAAGACGACGAGUGACAAGGUUUGUGAGUGCUCGUGCUCGUGCAGUUCGGACCGCUGAUCGAACCGCCAGUCCAUCAUGUACUGUCCCGAACCUGACCUGUAUAUAUGUACAUAGCUUCAGUGUAAUUAAAUGUACAUAACAAAUUUGGCGACGAGGAAAUCGAAAAAAGCGGGCGAGACUCCGGCAACUCAUCAUGGUUGAAAGGACAUCGCUGACAUUUGAAGCUUUCCAGGCAGGUAAGCCGGAGACAUGGCCAUUAUACCUUCAACGGCUGGAAUUCCACUUUGAAGCCCAUGGGAUCGCUACACCCAAGAUGAAGCGAGCCGUGUUCUGCAGCGUUUGCGGAGCCGAGACCUAUGCAAUACUGCAUUCCCUCUGCGCGCCAACGACACCUUCAGAGACGGACUACGCUGACAUCAUUAAGAAGUUGGGAAAUCACUUUGCACCAAAGCCCUCGGAGAUCGUGGAACGCUUUAAGUUUCAUAAGCGGGCACAGCACAGCGACGAACCCAUGGCUGCGUUCAUCGCGGACUUACGCCGUAUUGCAGUUACCUGCAACUUCGGAGACGCCCUCGACAGCAGUUUGCGCGACCAGAUUGUCUGUGGAGUUAAAGAUGAGGCCUUGCAACGACGUCUGCUGAGCGAAGCCGAGCUUACGUUGGCUCAAGCGGAGAAGUUGGCAAUAGCAGCGGAAUGUGCGAAGAACAAUGCCAUGGAGAUUAGGACUACGCCUAAGGACGUCAGCCAAAUCCACAGCGUGGCUAAAGAUGGACCUGGACCGUCACCGCCUGCACAACAUCAUGCGAAGCCUGAAACCAAGCAAGCGACUUCCGUGUGCUAUCGAUGCAACGGGGCACACUCUCCUCAGGAUUGCCACUUCAAGAACGCCACAUGCCUGUUCUGUGGCCGCAAAGGACAUAUUGUCAAAGCCUGUCUUCAAAAGAAGGCUAAGAAAAGUCCUCCAAGAGCAAGACGGGGGACGGCGCAAGCUGAUCUUUUAGACGGCGAUACCAGCAAGAUGUACGAGCUGUACAACCUCUCGUCCAACGAACCUGCUAUCCUCGUAGACGUCGACAUCGACGGACAGCCAACAGCGAUGGAGGUUGACUCAGGAUGCAUGUUCUCUGUCAUAAGCAGGAGAACAAUGGCACGACUUCAUAUUCCAAAUCAGAGGCUGAAACCAUCUACGGUUGCGCUACGCACAUAUACGAAGGAGCCUGUUAUCGUCCUAGGAAGAGUACUCGUGGAGGUUAAACACAAAGAAAGGUCGGCAACUCUGCCACUUCUGGUGGUCAAGGGAGAGUACGCAAGCCUUCUUGGACGAAACUGGUUCAAGCAUCUAGGAAUCGGCCUCACAGGUGUCCAUCAACUCAGGAACACCCAGGAGGGUAGCGGAUUCCUGGAGGAGUUCAAGGAAAUCUUCGACGCUGGCCUGGGAAAGAGUCGGGGACCACCCAUCCGUGUGGAGGUCGACAGAUCUGCUGCACCUAAGUUCUGCAAGUCAAGGCAAGUUCCCUAUGCGAUGCGUCCGAAAGUGGAGCAAGAACUAGAAAAGUUGGUCCAGCAGGGAAUCCUUGAACCUGUAAAACACUCAAAUUGGGCUACACCGAUAGUUCCAAUCCUGAAAAAGAGUGGUGAAUUGCGGAUUUGCGGUGACUAUAAAAGUACCGUAAACAAGGCAGUGAAGUGGGAAUGUUACCCAUUGCCCACGCCAGAGCAACUCCUGAGCAACUUAGCGGGUUGCCGUCGCUUUACACAGCUUGACCUUGCACAGGCCUACCAGCAGUUGACCGUCGAUGAUGAGUCGGCAAAGCUUUUCACCAUCACGACGCACAAGGGACUUUUCAAGGUUAACCGUCUUCCAUUUGGAGUAUCCGUCGCCGUAGCGAUCUUCCAGCGUUAUAUGGAGGAGUUACUUGCCGGAAUUGAAGGAGUACUAAUUUUUUUAGAUGACAUACUUAUCGGCGGAGAAUCCAAAGAACAGCACGAUAGACGCCUGCGAGCUGUGCUGCAGCGAUUCAAGGAAGACGGUUUACGCCUUAACAAGGCAAAAUGUACGUUCAACACCAUGCAAGUCGUGUUUUUGGGAUUCAGGAUUGACAAGGACGGGGUGCGACCAACUGAAGACAAGGUCAAGGCCAUUCAUGAAGCUCCAGAGCCCAAGAACAAACAGGAACUACAGUCAUUCCUGGGCUUGCUUAACUUCUACCAUCGUUUCCUCAAGGGAGCUGCUCACACCUUGGAGCCGUUGUACAGACUGCUGGAUAAGGGGGCGAGCUGGACAUGGACCGUUCUCGAAGCUGAGGCUUAUCGCAAGGCGAAAGAACUGCUCAAAUCAACGGCAGUUCUGGCUCACUACGAUACCAGCAAGCCUUUAUUAUUGACCUGCGAUGCUUCGCCUUACGGUCUUGGAGCUGUCUUGAGUCACGUGGCCGACUCUGGGCAAGAGUCACCAAUAGCUUACGGGUCCAGAACCCUAAGCAAAGCUGAGCGAAAUUACUCGCAAACUGAUCGUGAGGCCCUGGCGAUCAUAUAUGGUGUCAAAAAGUUUCACCAGUACAUCUAUGGCCGCCCGGUGACCAUAAUCACCGAUCAUAAGCCUCUGCUAGGAUUGCUGAGUCCGCACAAGGAAAUUCCAGCUAUGGUGUCACCAAGAGUUCUCAGGUGGAGUCUAAUGCUAGCCGCAUACCACUACGAUCUGCAGUACCGUCCGGGAAGCAAGAUAGGAAACGCUGAUGCACUCAGUCGACUGCCUAUACCUGCAACAGAGCUGGACGACAUUCCAGUCGCAGACGUAUGGAUGCUAGAGACCGCUCCAGAACAGCCUUGGAACUCCGAAAAAAUUGCAGCAUCCACGAGAAAAGAUUCCGUGCUUGCGCGAGUCCAGCGCUGGAUCAUGCAUGGGUGGCCAGAUGACAAGCAACACGAACAGUUCAAACCCUAUACCACUAGGAAAGAUGAACUAUCAACUUAUAAGGGAUGCAUCAUUUGGGGAAGCCGGCUUGUUAUUCCCAAAGUGGCACAAUCCACUGUACUCGACAUCUUACACACAGCCCAUCCAGGCAUUGUAAGGAUGAAGGCACUAGCGAGGAGUACAGUCUGGUGGCCUGGCAUCGACCAUGACAUUGAAGAAAAGGCUGCAAAUUGCUCCACAUGCCAAGAACACAGACCAUCAAUGCCACGGGCACCAGUGCAUCCCUGGGAGACGACGCAACAUCCCUGGUCACGUCUACACGUUGACUUUGCAGGACCUUUCAAGGGAAAGAUCUUUCUGAUCGUGGUCGAUUCAUUCUCGAAAUGGCUCGAUGUAUGUAUUAUGAAUUCUAUGUCUUCCUCAGCCGUCGUACAGAAACUGAGGAUGCUGUUUGCCGUACACGGAGUGCCAGACGUCAUUGUCAGUGAUAAUGGCACAGCCUUCGUUUCGGCCGAAUUCAAGGAAUUUACAAGCCGCAACCAGAUUCGACACGUGGCAGUGGCACCUUACCACCCUUCAUCGAAUGGCCAGGCCGAACGAAUGGUGAGAGAAACCAAGGAGGCACUCACUCACAUAAAUUCAGGCGACGUAAACGUCGAUUUGGCGCGAUUUUUGUUCCGUCAACAUACACUGCCACAUUCCUUAACGGGCAGGAGUCCUGCGGAACUAUUGAUGAACCGACGCCUGAAAACAGCAUUAGAUCGCCUGCAUCCAGAUUCUCAGUUCCAUUCAUCAUGGAAACAAGAGGACAAGUUUCUCCAGGAAGGGAAGAAGGCACGACUAUUUACAGUAGGUGAAAACGUUUAUGCAAGAAAUUACUUGUCCGGUGCCAAGUGGACCCCUGGAGUAGUCACAGCCGUGACCGGUCCACUAUCCUAUAGGAUUGAAACCGAAGAUGGACGAUCUUGGCGUCGCCAUGUUGACCAGUUGCGCAGGAAGCCAGCGACAACUUCUGCAGGAAACUCGGAAGAUAACUCUUCAGUUGACUUGAGUUUAACUGCUCUACCUGAAGCGGUCUCCGAAGAAGCGGACGUUAGGUCCGAUGCCACACCAGCAGUCCAACCAGCUGGUUCUACAACAGUUUCCCCUAGCAACUCUUCGAGACCUCAAAGAGCAACACGCCGCCCUACUUAUCUUAACGACUAUGUGCCUUAGUCUAGUAGGGAGGAGUGUAAGAUAUGCGCCUGCUAGGCGCGAAUGCGAGCGUACCUUCGCGUCAAUGGAAGAAGACGACGAGUGACAAGGUUUGUGAGUGCUCGUGCUCGUGCAGUUCGGACCGCUGAUCGAACCGCCAGUCCAUCAUGUACUGUCCCGAACCUGACCUGUAUAUAUGUACAUAGCUUCAGUGUAAUUAAAUGUAC